AAUGACGGCAACGGUCAUGUGUGGGUUCAUAGCAACAAACAAGGAUUCCAGGACUGUGAAGCAUAUGCUCUAUUGGAGGAGUGGCUGGGUAAUAGAUCAGAUGAAUACUUGGACAAAUAUGUUGAUAAGAUUCAGUUGAUAAAAGGUAAUGCUCUCCACAAACCUGAUCAUGAGUGGGUGCAAUGUGACAAAUGCAGGAAGUGGCGGAUGUUGACCCCUGGCUUCGACAGCAAGAUGUUACCCCAAGAAUGGUUCUGUUAUAUGAAGCCUUUCAGUGGAAAAUGUGAAAUGCCUGAACAAAAGGUUGGACGUGGAGUGAUCACAGUAUCUGCAAAGCGUUCUCAAUGUGAUCCCAUGGAGAAUCCAUCGAAGUUAAUAGAAGGGCUUCUUGAAAAUGCCAAUUCCACAUCUGAAGGCAAGUCCUUGAAUACAUUGCCUGAAUCAACUAAUGAAUGCAUCGCUGUCUUGAAGGCUAAUGAUUUGACAUUACAAGAAGAGUGGCCCACAAGGAUGGCUGAUAAUAGUAAUGGUGACGCUUCAAGUCAGACUGUGGAAGAUGAUGUUCUGCCACCCUUGAAGAGGCUUAGAAGAGGACCUCCAAGGGAUUGUAAACAGAAAUUAUAG